CCCGCCCCCUGCCUCUGGCCGCUCGGAUCAGCUUCCAGUCCGGUCGGCCCGGCCCGGGGGCCAUGGAGCUCCGAGCAGCGGAUCGCGAGCCUCCUGCGAACCCCAGCCUCCACGCCCGGUUAGCACCCGGCCGGGAGAUGAGGCAGUGGAAUCUGGAAGGGCGGUGAAAAUCCCACGUCCUGCCCUCCCCCGGCCUCUCCAUUCGUCCCCCGGGUAGAGAGGUGCCCGGCUCCCACCCCUUCCCAGCCCCAGCCCUGGAGACAGCAGCCCCUAGACUACCGAGGGACAGCGACAGCAUGAAGGCUCCGGGACGGCUCGUGCUCAUCAUCCUGUGCUCUGUGGUCUUCUCUGCCGUCUACAUCCUCCUGUGCUGCUGGGCCGGCCUGCCCCUCUGCCUGGCCACCUGCCUGGACCACCACUUCUCCACAGACUCCAGGCCCACCGUGCCAGGCCCCUUGCACUUCAGUGGAUAUAGCAGUGUGCCGGAUGGGAAGCCGCUGGUCCGCGAGCCCUGCCGCAGCUGUGCUGUGGUGUCCAGCUCGGGCCAGAUGCUGGGCUCAGGCCUGGGUGCUGAGAUCGACAGUGCCGAGUGCGUGUUCCGCAUGAACCAGGCGCCCACCGUGGGCUUUGAGGCGGACGUGGGCCAGCGCAGUACCCUGCGUGUCAUCUCACACACAAGCGUGCCGCUACUGCUGCGCAACUACUCACACUACUUCCAGAAGGCCCGAGACACGCUCUACGUGGUGUGGGGCCAGGGCAGGCACAUGGACCGGGUGCUCGGCGGCCGCACCUACCGCACGCUGCUGCAGCUCACCCGGAUGUACCCCGGCCUGCAGGUGUACACCUUCACUGAGCGCAUGAUGGCGUACUGCGACCAAAUCUUCCAGGACGAGACGGGCAAGAACCGGAGGCAGUCGGGCUCCUUCCUCAGCACCGGCUGGUUCACCAUGAUCCUCGCGCUGGAGCUGUGUGAGGAGAUCGUGGUCUAUGGGAUGGUCAGCGACAGCUACUGCAGGGAGAAGAGCCACCCCUCAGUGCCUUACCAUUACUUCGAGAAGGGCCGACUGGAUGAAUGUCAGAUGUACCUGGCACACGAGCAGGCGCCCCGAAGCGCCCACCGCUUCAUCACUGAGAAGGCAGUCUUCUCCCGCUGGGCCAAGAAGAGGCCCAUUGUGUUCGCCCAUCCGUCCUGGAGGACUGAGUAGCCUCCGUCGCCCUGCCAGCCGCCAUGCUGUUGGGAAGCCCCUGGGAUGUCCCAUCCCAGGCCAUCACACUCCACAAAAACAUUUAAUUUAUGGAUCCUGCCUCCUGCCACAUGCUGGGUGGAGUGCCCCACUCUGGCGACACUUGGAGCCAUCUCAGGCCUCAUGACUUGAAGGGGAGUGGAAUGAGGAGCCCUGUCUCCACCUCUACUCCCUGAGUAAUUCAUGGCAUUUGGGGGCUCACCCCACCUCCAGGUCUGUCAAGUGGCCUUUGUCCCUCGGGCUGAUGGCCCCCUACUCACCAGCAUCAUGACCUUGUGCCAGUCCUGGUCCUUCCUCCCCAGCCACCCCUACUACCUUUUGGUGCCACACUUCUCAGGCCGGCCGCCCUGGUUGGGGCAGCCAGGAGCCUGGGGUUUGUUGGGUGAAGGGGCCUUGGAGUUGUGACUGUCGGGGCCGUAUCAGGAACGUACGGGUAAACUUGUGUUUUCUGGA